UAAAAACUUUUGCUACCGUAUAACGUCUGGCGAAAAUGAUACUUUAGUAUAAGACUUAAGUUACACUAUACCACAGGUAAGACUUGUGUUUUAUUAUAGUUUAGUUAAAAAUAUUCUGAAAAAUAACAAUGGUUGCCAACAUUUUUGCAUUUAUUUUGUGUUGUUUUGCUAUAACGUCAAAUAUAAAAUCAAUCGAGUCAACGGGCAACAGCAAGUUUGAAGUACCUGUACAAUACAAGAAACAUUAUUUAUUAAAUAUUAUAAUAUAUGAAGAGCCGUAUGUAUAUGAAGUGAAUCGCUUAAGAACAUUCAAAAAAGAUACAAUUAUUAUUGAAUCCAAUGAAGAGAAUAUUUUGUCGAAACAUUUAUACAGUGAUAAAGAUAUGCAAUUAAAAAUUGAAUCUCUGGGUAAAUUUGAGAACAAAAUUCAAGACAUCCAAUGUAGUUAUUGUGUAGUUACAAAAUUACAUAUACUGUACUUGAAAAAUUUAGCAGAAAAGUUAAAAAGCGGAGUUCGUUUGACUAAUAACGAGGAAAUUGUAACAGGUUUAGAAAAGGAAGCCAAAUAUAUACUACGAAUUUUAUUGAUGUCAAAUUUAGAGAUUGGAAAAUGGCUUUGGAUAUUUUUGUUGAAAAUCGUUGCCAUCAGUCAAUACGGUGAUAACAUUAUACCUUUUAUCCGAGAAAACCCAUUCGUAGACGACCAACUGCAAUCCGGUGUUACAAGUGUCAUCGAAAAGUGCAUGGCUGAAAAAUACCUUCCUCCGACUGCAAUGGAAUAUGAUUUUAUUUCAAAAAAUUAUAACACAUACGAUUAUAUGUUCCACCAUCUAUAUGAUCCUACAAUAAUUGAUGAUAUUUUCCACAACCAUGUUUUGGGCGUGAUAGAAUUUUUAUAUCUCAAACCAUUUUGGCUCAGCAAUCAGUUACUGUUCAGAGAAAUGGAAGAAGUCAAUAUCGAUUGGGGUGAGACGAAACAACGAUUUGAGCUCGAGGUGGUUAUUACCAAAGAAUUUGUGGAUAAUCGCAUUUGGAUGUACCAUCCGUACAGACGUCUCGACCACCAAUACUUGUUUGUCAAAAUUAUCGAUGCCAGAAUUUAUUGUUACCUUACGGUUGUACUGCAUGUUUAUGAACAACAAUUAUUUAUGCUCGACGAACAGGCGCUUACAGACAUCAAAAGUCGUAUUACUAAGGUUAUGAUUGAAGCAUUGAAAUUAACGGCUUACAAAGAUGAUUUUCUUGUUGUCCUUUCAUCAGAACUCAAGUUUGGAAAAAUAAAUGUGAACCAUAUCGAUUGGAUAAAUGACAUUUUAGCAAGAGUGCGGACAAAGGCCAACGGGAUCCUAAACGAUUUAAAUGGUGCCAGUUCAAACGAAAUCGAUCGGCUCAGUUUCAAUCAUGACGAAAACCAAUUGCCUACCUACGAUAUGAUAAUAAAAAUCAUCGACGAUUUCGAAGACUAUUUAAAAGAAUUAAAAAGUUUUUUGCCGUUUGAUUAUAAAGUUCUUUUGAAUUUUAUAGGUGAAUAUCCGUAUUCUCGCCUUCUUAGUCGUGUUAGACUAUAUUAAUUUAAUUAAUUUCAUCAUUGUCCAACAUAUAAAAUACAGUUAUGUUUAUUCAUUAUUGUUACUAAGCAUAGUAAAACUUCCAAAAAAUCUUUCCUAAACCAUAUUUAAUUCAUUUAAUGCAAGUAAUGUAAGAUAUAUUAUUAUUAGUAUUUUUCAUUUUGGCUACACAGUA